AUGCGGCUCGAACCAGUUCGACGUCCUCAACGAUCAUCUAUUGAACCCGAGUUCAACAAAAUAUGUUUCGAUGACUCGUCCGAACGCGAAACUGUGAUCUCCACUGCAAAAAAGAAGGAACACAAACCACCGGUUCCACGCUUGCACUUGCCAUCAAAAUCGGCUAGCUCAGCAUCUUCUGUUUCGAGCGAUGAAACCUCCGAUUUACCUGAAAACGAAGACGUUACGGUUUUCAAAAAGACCAACAUUGGAGAGGUGGAAGUGGACAAGGGAAGUGUGGUGGGUUCUGAUGAUAACAACAAAACAUGUAUGGGGAGGGUGGAAAAACCGAGUGAAGAGCAAACAUCGUUGUCGUGGAAAUGUGAUAUAUUAGGCGGGGAGUCUGAUCCAGACGAGGUGGGCUGGGCAUCACACCUUAGUGGCGAUAACCAGCCGAGGGAUCUGCCAAGCCUUGGGGUUUGUGAUCCUAGGGAGAAAAAGGCAGUUAAAGGUCUCAGAGGCUGUUCACCUUCUCCUCUAACAGGGAUACGCCCAGGCAAUGAAACUACGAAAAGUUUCUUCAUUGAGGCCGUUGCCCCAAAGCAGAAGAAAACGUCACAAAACCGAAAUUUCAUACUGCGCAAUAAGAAAUGUGUUUUGGCAAAGGCGUUGAAGAAUAAUACUUCCUACUCUCAACUGCUUAGAAAUUGCGACAAGCACUGCAGCUGUCAUUUGUCAAUUCAAGUAGCGACACUGCUGAUGCCGUCAAACGACACCGUGGGUGAGCUGACGAAGGAGGCCCACGGACGGGCGCGUCCGCGGCCGAGCCCCGCCCCACGUCACCCCUCCGCGUGUGCACCCGUGCGCGUGUGUGUGAUUCACCUGUUGGCACAGGCGGCUCAGCCGUUGGGUGUGUCCAAUCGAAACUUGAGUGGCAGUGUAGUCAGCGAGACGAAUUAA